AGGAUCUGAAAAAUAUAUCUAUUUUCGAAUUUCGCUAUUUUCGAAUUCUAUAAGCAUAACUUAGCCAACAAAAUGUCCCGAUACUCCAUGAAAGGCAUCAAUUUCGAUGUUAAACGCGAUAUACAAAAGGUGGAUGCUCGCACCUACGGAUUCCUGAAGACCAAGGGAUCAGAUACGCCGAUGCCCACGGCUGCGAAGAGAAUUAAUCAAUCGACGUUGAUCGAAAGAUUGAAAUCCAUAACAUUGGCUGAAGUGGUGGACGAGGAAGAUCAGUCGUCUACGGGUUCAGUGGAAUCGGGUAGCAUGUCCUUCGAAAUGAAACGGAAGCUAUUUGACGCAGCCGAGUUCACCAUCACCCGAGGUCAGAAACUGAGUGACCUCACGCAUGCCGCUGAUGAGGGGAUUAACUUUAGUCCGUACGAUACCGGCAACAAGACACUCGAAGAAAUCGAGGAAUACUGCCGCGCCGUCAACAUUAAGUUUGCCAAAUGAAAGGAUAAACUCUUCCAGAGAUUUUACACGAUAUAUAUACGAUGGAAUUCGGUGGAUAAAAGAUGAAACGGAGCAGGGAUCACCUGUAAAGGAAUCAGGUCUAGAUUCAAUAUAAUCAAAGCAAAUCAAAGAAACUAUUUUAUAAAGCUAAGUUCACUAUAGAACAAAGGCAAAAAUGGACUGGAUAUAUUUUAUAUUUCGCAUACCUAAAGAUUACAAUAAUAAAAAAUAUUCUCACAUU